CGCAUUCGGCGCGCGCCGUCGCGGUGCAUGCCGGUGCGGUGCGGCGCGACGGGACCAUGGCGAGCGACUUCUACCUGCGGUACUACGUGGGGCACAAGGGGAAGUUCGGGCACGAGUUCCUCGAGUUCGAGUUCAGGCCCGACGGAAAGCUGCGCUACGCCAACAACAGCAACUACAAGAACGACGUGAUGAUCCGCAAAGAGGCCUACGUGCACAAGAGCGUCAUGGAGGAGCUGAAACGGAUCAUCGACGACAGCGAGAUCACCAAAGAGGACGACGCGCUGUGGCCCCCGCCGGACAGGGUGGGCCGCCAGGAGCUUGAAAUAGUAAUUGGUGACGAGCACAUCUCCUUUACCACGUCAAAAAUUGGUUCGCUCAUCGAUGUAAAUCAAUCCAAGGAUCCAGAAGGUUUGAGAGUGUUCUACUACCUGGUCCAGGACCUCAAGUGUCUAGUCUUCAGUCUUAUUGGACUACACUUCAAGAUUAAGCCAAUCUAAAUCAAACAAACUGAAGUUUGUACUGCAGUGUCUGUACAUUGGGGGGAGAGGGGGGUAUGCUUUUUCAAAUCCUUGCUUCUUCAGGCCCGAAGCUUUUAUGUAUGUUAGAAUUUUUUUUACAAACUGUAAGUGACUGUCUUAAUAAACUGUUGACAUCAAUAUUUUUAAUUUAAAA